AUGGAUUCCCAACAGCUCGUCGACACUGCGUCGCAGAACAGCCAGGACAUCGUCCUGCCGAAACCAGCGAGUAGUACGCCUAGGCACAGCAUCGACGCGAUCCUUGGACUGGCAAACAAUAAAAGGAGUCAUCAGGAAAUGGAGGAUAACGGUCGAGACGCGCAGGAAAACACAGGUGAGAACAGCUGCAACUCCACCGGCGGUGGCAGCGACGAGGAACUCGGGGCAGGCUGCGGGGACGAUUUGAACGGGAACAGCGGGAAGAAGAAGCAUCGCCGAAACAGGACGACCUUCACCACUUACCAGCUGCACGAGCUCGAGAGAGCCUUCGAGAAGUCUCAUUAUCCGGACGUGUACUCCAGGGAGGAGCUCGCUAUGAAAGUCAAUCUUCCGGAAGUGCGCGUCCAGGUGUGGUUUCAGAAUAGGCGGGCAAAAUGGCGCAGACAGGAGAAGAUGGAAGCAGCGAGACUCGGCCUCAGCGAGUAUCAUCAUCCCGGCAAUAUGAGAAACGUGGCCGGGCCGGCUCUUGGUCUGCCUGGAGAUCCUUGGCUCACUCCUCCUGGUCUGUUGAGCGCUCUUCCCGGCUUUCUCGCUGCACCUCACACGGGAUAUCCCAGUUAUCUAACGUCCCCGAGACGAUUGCCGUCGCCGCCCAACGUUGGGGCUGUUGGAAGCGCGGUACCAGGUGGGCUGAGCGCAGGGAUGACGAGCAUAGGGAGCGGAGGGCACGUCCCGGCGGCGCCACCGAGUCCGCCUGGUCACGACCCGCGCACAACGAGCAUCCAGGCUCUGAGAAUGCGGGCCAAGGAGCACGUCGAGAGCAUCACCAAAGGAUUGCAAAUGGUCUGA